ACUUGUUUAGAGAUGUUCAAAACUUAUAAUAUUCCAUCGCGAGUAACUUACAUUAUGUGUACUCCUAAUCGUGCGGUUAAAAUAUUGCAAAUGAUCACAGGUAAUGACACUAUAUUUCUCGCUGGAAACUUGGUAGAGCUAAUGUCAAGAAUAGAUAUAGUUUCUCUUCCAUCCAACAAACUUAAAAUAACAUUUAAUAAUUUCAUCGAAUCAAUCAUUUCUCUAUUGCAACAUUGUCAAAAUUUUGUUUCUACUAAACAAUCUAAUACCCAUUAUCAAUAUCAUCCUAUCUUCACUUGGUAUUCCGGAACAACUGAUCCAAACAUUUCGACAUCUCAUUUCAAUAGAUUAAUAUCACAACUUGAAUAUUUAUGGCAGAAACCAUUCUUACUUCGAUCAUUCAAUCACAUCUUGAAUUUUAAAUUCGACUCUCAACUUAAUAAUAAUCUCGACUCUUCCAAUAAGUCAUCGCAGAAAAAAACUUUAGACGACAAAAAGUCAAGUUUAGCUUCUAGUCAGAUGACUCUUUUAGCUGUUGAUACUCAAGAUGUUUGUCGACUUUAUCUUAUGCUCUCAAAAUUACUUAACAUGCAAAAACAUGAUAUCAUGAUGAAUUUGACUUUCAUUCCACGUCUUGUACCUGCCCUAUGGCAGUUUAUGAUGUGUUUAGGCCCUAAAGGGCGAAUGAAAAUUUUUUUAUCUGAAACUGUAAUUAAAAAUCCUGAAAGAGAACCACUAAUCGGGAUUUUAGAGUUAUUUUGCGAAUCUUGUGGUAUAUUGUUAUUAACCAUAGAUGAUGACGAAUUAUAUGAAAUGCAGACUUCUUUUUCAAUUGAACGUGAUUUGAGACCUAUGGCUACAUUCUUUAAUAAAUUUUGCUUCGCUCUUCUUAGUAAUUCUCCACCCGAUGGUAAUCCUCCCGCAAUAUUUGAAUCUGCACGAAGAGUACUUCUUCAAUUGCAUUCGCGAGAUACUAGGCGCAUAUUUACUAGCCCAGAUCAUACAUGGCUUCUUAUUAAAGAUCCAAAAAAAUCUUUACCAUUAUCUUUAGCAAACUUUCUCAAAAAAUCAUCUAUAGUCAAUUCCAAUAAUUUGGGAACUUCAUUUUUAGAAAGAAUCCGUAAUAAUGAUCCUAUUUCUGUAAAAAUUCUAAAUCUAUUGCCUCAUACUAUUCCUUUUGAGACCAGACUCGAUAUAUUUCGUGAAUCUGGUGAUUCUUUUAUCAGUGAUUGGUCGGAUAUUGUAAUCAAGGUUAGACGCGAUCAUGUAUUAGAUGAUGGAUACAAGCAAUUAGGAAGAUUGACUGCAACGCAGAUUAAAGGCCAGAUUCGAGUUAUGUUUGUAAAUGAAACUGGCGUGGAUGAAAUUGGUGUGGAUCAAGGAGGUCCAUUCAAGGAAUUUAUUACUCAACUUAUAGCUGAAGCUUUUGAUCCAAAAUGCGGUCUUUUUGCUGUCACACCUGAUGGUUCUCUUUAUCCCAAUCCCCAUAGUGCAGCUUCAAAAUUACCAUUAUAUACAUUUUUGGGCCGAAUGAUUGCAAGAGCAAUGAAAGAAAAAAUUUUAUUAGAUUCCCAAUUUGCAGAAUUUUUUUUAAGCAAGAUUUCUGGGCGAGCUGUAUUUUUAGAAGACCUUAUUGGUUGGAAUAAUGAAUUAUGGAAAAAUUUAAUAUUUUUGAAGAGAUAUGAAGGCAAUGUUGAAGAUUUGGGUUUAUAUUUUGUAGUAGAUGAAGAGAUCAAUGGACAGAUUAGAUCAAAAGAACUUAGAGCAGGUGGUUCACACAUGGCUGUUACAAAUUACAACAGAAUUCAG